CAUCCCCAAAAGUCCCGCAACCACGACCAGCCAACAUCAAACACCACACACACAAGCAAGGCAGCAGGAACAGCCUCCAGCGUGCGCGUGGCUAGAGACACGGCUCAGAGCACGCAUCUGCAUCUCAAGCGCCUUCCUCCCUCCAGCUUCCCGAGCCGACAUCCUCUACCCAUCAACGUAGCCAUCCACAGCAUGACAUGACGGCACCAAGCCCAUCUGACACUGCAUCGCUCGCAUCGCCCGAAGCCACCAUCGCAAGACUACAGCAAGAGAAGCAAAACUUGGAAACACAGAAUGCACAGCUAUGGCGACUCUGCGACAAGCAGCGUCAGAUGAUCAUUGGCCUUCAAAAGGAUCUCGAUCGGCUUGGCGUCAAGGAACGCGAACGCACAGGCAGUGAUACCCUGCCGAGCAAGACGCCGCCGUCAGCCAGCGCAUCCACAGGAACCCUUGCAACGGCCACAACGACUUCCGCUGAACGGAAACGGAGCAGUCAGUCAGAUGCCCCUUCCUCAACCAACCACGAUCGUCAUGGUCCCGAUGCGAUACCUCCUAAGAGCGCUGCGCGUAUUUCUCUCGGUGCAUCACCCGGUAAACCACUUCCCAUACCAAUGACACGACCAUUCGAGGAACACUUGCGCGAUGGCACCUCAUCGCCCAUCUCCCCUGCCCUAUCCCUUCGACUGCAACAAGUGACGGGUGGACAAUCAGCAGCGACACAAUCAGGUCGGAUAGAAGAAGGCGAGCGUAUCGCGAGUAUUAGACGAGAUCGUGUACGCACACAACCAGCAACCAUGUCGCGCGCUGCGUCUCAUCAGCAACAUCGUUCGGAUGCCUCAAUGGAGUCCUUUGGUGACCUAGAACCAAGCCACUCGCUGCAGUCUAGACAAGCAGAUGAGGUUGCAGAGAGUGGUCGGCAUGCGCGAAACUUCUCAGAACCCAACAUCUCGCCGCGUCUGCCAUUCAAGACAUUGGUUGCACCAGAUGUUGCACUUGUCUCGCCUGAACGUGCGCGAUGGGAGGAACAUUCACCUGAGCGUGCAGUCAAAAGUACACUGGAUGACGUUCAACAAACACCGUCGAGAUCAUCAAGUAGUAUCUCGCCGCCCACAUCUCAGGAAGUAGAUGAGACGUGGGCACCGCAGAGGUCGACUCAUACGAAGCAAGAUUCAGUCAGUUCGAUCCGCACGAUAGACGCGGCGAUUGAGCCUGAAUUGCUACGCAGCAUCAGUAUCAGCAUGAUUACCUCGAAUCAUACAGCAGGCGAAGUGACCCUUGCAAUUGGCAUUUUUCGAAAGGAUAUGCGGUUACUGCAUCGCUUGUCAAAGACAUACGCUCAAUUGGUGGCAUUGAGUAAAGCAACACCCGAUAUGGGUCUCACCCUCCCAUCACGCCAAGACUUCAUUGCAACGAGCAGUGCGAAAGCAGAUGCGCGGCGAGCAACAACGGAUCUAUGGUUCCAAAUGAUGGUUUCGACACUGGUGUCGACGCCUGUUGCUCAACGCACGCAAGAAUUCUCACAAGGCUUGGAAGCGUUUUGUGCUUUCUUGUCGAGUGAUCGCGUGUGUGACGUGCCACAAACACCGCGGCGUGCUCGACAAUCACAGCAACUCGUCAUGCUCGAACCAGUGGCUGGCAAGACGGAUCAAUCAGAAACUUACAAGGAAGGCUAUCUCUCUAAACGCGGCAAGACUUUUGGCGGUUGGAAGGCUCGGUACUUCAUUAUUGAUGGUCCUUGUAUGCGCUACUUUGAUGCACCUGGUGGCUUGCCGCUUGGCGACAUUUCACUCGCAGGCGCACAAGUCGGUGUGCAAACGCCUUCAAGCAGUACAAACACACAAGAGGACACCGACACCCAUGCCUUUCUCGUACUAGAACCGAAACGGAAAGGUACAGGUCUCGAUUAUAAUCGGCAUAUUUUGUGCGCCAUUAGUGAUAUGGAACGAGAUGCGUGGCUUAAAGUACUGAUGCACUAUGCAAUGCGCUAUACUGAACCACUCCAGCCGACUGGUCCAACUACCCCACAUCAACCGCCUCCGCAACCCUCACAACGCCUCUCUGGCCUCAAAAUUAGUGGUCCAUUGGAACUGCAACGGCCUCCGGGGGUAGGACGGUCGAGUAGUCCAGAGCCGGUGCCUUUUAGAGCGAUAGGGUAUCGCGAUACUGUACCUGCUGCGCUUCCCAUGUCGCCUGGUAUCCAGGGUCCUCCUGCAAGCGACUCGAUUGGUGGUACUCCAUACGAAGAACUUUUUCCUGCAGGUGCGACGGAUACGUCUUCAACAAUGACAGCUGUUGGUCCCACCGAUACAUGGUCAUCGCCUAGUUCAAGUAAAGGCAGUCAAGCAACAAAAGGCGAUCGCAAAUCUCGAAAGAAAUCGUUUUGGGUAUUUGGCAAGCAUGGCGAGCAAACUGCUUCUCCUGGUCAGCAACAAGAUAAAGGUGCUACUGUCCUUGCUGCCAUGCGAGAAGCAGCCAGUCAUUCCCAUCCAGCACCGGUUGAGGGUGGAUUGAGUUCAGGAACGUUGUUUGGCAUGUCCCUUGCUGAAGCGGUUGCUUUGUCUUCACCACCGUUUGCCAGGAUUCCAAGUGUCGUGUAUCGGUGCUUGCAGUAUCUCGAUCGUCAGCAUGUUGAGCGGGAGGAAGGCAUUUAUCGAUUGUCUGGGAGCAGCAGUCUCAUAAAAUCACUGCGUGAGCGUUUUAAUCAGGAAGUGGAUAUCGACCUACUCACUGGCCCACCGGUAGAAGUUCAUGCUGUUGCAGGGAUGCUGAAACUCUACCUUCGCGAAUUACCAUCUCCCAUUUUGCCGCGCGACUUGCAGCGUGAUUUCCUAGAGAUUAUCGAGAUGCCUGAUGAACCGGCACGCAUGGCUACCAUCAAGACACUGGUCCAUGCGUUACCGCGAGAGAACUUUGAGCUCUUGCAGUACUUGACACGACACUUAUUCGGGAUUGUACAGAAUGAACCCCUCAACAAGAUGUCGCUGCGCAAUGUUGGGAUUGUGUUCAGCCCGACACUGAAUAUCCCUGCGAGUGUGUUUGGGCUGUUUAUUGAGGCGCAUGAGCAGAUUUUCGGGGAGGCUCAUUUAGCGUCGACGUCGAAUGCUGGUGCGAGUAUCCUGGCUGGGUACCUGCAGGAUGGACUCGAGGAGGGCGAGAGUGAGAGCGAUGAGGAUCAGGAACUGGACCUUGACCCUGACUCGCUGCCCAUCUGAUCGCCCUCACGUGCAUCCCGCGCUCUCGGGAUUCUGCUCCGACUGAUUCCACUCAGAUUCCACUGGCGAAAAGUCUGCUUUAGUAGUACACAGCUCCCUACCUAGUACCGCCCUUGUAAGUAUGCUCCGUAAGCAGCUCACCCGAUCCCUCUCCUCGUCGCCCUUCCAGCCGACCAAGUAUGGCGGUAAAUUCACCGCUACCUUGAUUCCAGGCGACGGUAUCGGCAGGGAAGUCGCGACCAGUGUCAAGGAGAUCUUUAGUGCUUGCAACGUUCCUGUUGAGUUUGAAGAGGUCGAUGUCACUGGUAUUCUCGCUGCAGAGGGAACCAAGGAUGCAGGCGAGAAACUCUACCGUAAAGCAGUCGAGUCUAUUCGACGCAACAAGGUCGGACUCAAGGGUAUCCUGUAUACCCCGC